GAGAAUCCGGAAAUGGCGUCACGUCCGGUCGGACCGCCAUCUCGCCGUGAGACAGCAGGAGUCGCCGCCGCGGCAGUGCGAUGUCGUCCUCCGCCUUGCUGUACGCGGGUCCCGGCCGAGACCUGGGGAUGGAGCCGCACGGCGCCGCGGGCCCGUUGAGUCUGCGCUUUUCGCCCUACGCUUUCAAUGGAGGUACUGUAUUGGCAAUUGCUGGAGAAGAUUUUUCAAUUGUUGCUUCUGACACUAGAUUGAGUGAAGGAUUUUCAAUUCACACCCGGGACAGCCCCAAAUGUUACAAAUUAACAGACAAAACAGUCAUUGGAUGCAGCGGUUUUCAUGGAGAUUGUCUUACCCUGACAAAGAUUAUUGAAGCAAGACUAAAGAUGUAUAAGCAUUCCAACAAUAAGGCCAUGACUACGGGGGCAAUUGCUGCAAUGCUGUCUACAAUCCUGUAUUCAAAGCGCUUCUUUCCAUACUAUGUUUACAACAUCAUCGGUGGACUUGAUGAAGAAGGACACAGGGAGCUGUGUACAGCUUUGACCCAGUGGGGUCCUACCAGAGAGACUCCUUCAAGGCUGGAGGCUCAGCGAGUGCCAUGCUUCAGCCCCUGCUUGACAACCAGGUUGGUUUUAAGAACAUGCAGAACGUGGAGCACGUCCCGCUGUCCUUGGACAGAGCCAUGCGGCUGGUGAAAGACGUCUUCAUUUCUGCAGCCGAGAGAGACGUGUACACUGGGGACGCACUUAGGAUCUGCAUUGUAACCAAAGAGGGCAUCAGGGAGGAGACUGUGUCCCUGAGGAAGGACUGAUCUGUGUGGUAGUGUUGCUAACCAGUUAUGAACUGGUUAGUUUUGUACCUUGGGGCUGUUGGACACAUUUCUUUAUUAAAAAACAUGAAGUACUCA